AUGCACCAAUUUCGUAUCGCCGAGCCCCAUUCGCAGCGUAUGGCCACCCAACUCCAACUUAAUAUAAGUGGGGAUACUGCGUCGGUACUGCAGAAAAUCCUUGAAAGCCUUGGUAGGAUGGAAUCUCGGCAAGAAGACAUGAUAAAUCGGUUAUCAGCUGUAGAAAGCGCUCUUGCUGAGAAGAUGCCAGAACGUGCGGAGAUCCAAGCACAAGGUCAAUUGUUGCGGGAGUGUAAGGUGCUCUCGGCAAAAACCCACCGCAGUGUAAGCCGCAUCACUGGCGAAGGAGUGAGCGAGGAGCAGACUCUGUUGCAAAGCUUGUUCCCAAUGUGGUCAGAGGAAACAUUGCUGAAGGUGGAGGAGCACCUUACACUCCAAGCUUACUCUGACGCUAUGACGGCCAUUAUUCUAAAUAUAAAAUCUACCAAGGACUCGAUAGAGAAGGUGAUGCAGUCCUUAUUUAGUGAUGAGUUGGUGUGGCUGUACAACUACGAAGGAAAAGCUGGAAAAAAGGCCCUAAACAAAUUAAGAAUAGUGGAUAUCAUUCUCGGUAAUAUUAAUCUAUUUUUAUUCUUUCCUUUUUAAUUUUU